AUGGACAUUACCAAUUUCUCGACGGAACUCAAUGUAACCGAAGAAUGCGUCGAAGAAUACGAAAAUUACGAGGAAUUCGAGAAAUGGCUACUAGGUAUGGGUUUGAAAAUGUCAUAUGAUAACAGAAGUUCAUUGAUUGAUUUUGUUUAGUCAAAUGAUGGAAAAUGUCCAAAAUAGUUUUUAAAGAAUUGGCAUUGUGUUUAAAGCUUACCAAUUGUCAUUUUUUGACUUAAAGUCAUUUUUCUUUGAUAUACUAGUAAAAAAACUUUAAAUGAACGUACUUUUUCAAAUCUGAAAGUGCAGCUUGUCUGGAAAGUCGAAAAAAGUGCUUGAAACACUAUGCCAAAUUUGUCAAAUUGGCGGAAAAGUUAAACAUUUAAAAUAUAAAACUCAAAAGUGAGUGCUAAAUUUUUUAUGGGUACUAUUGGUAGUACAAAGAAUUCAAAAAAAUUUUUGAGCUGAUUCUGAGCGGGGCAGGGUGGAUACUUUCCAUGUCAGUUUAUUUAGACAUUUGAUUGAUUCAAUGCCAUUUUUAAUUAAACAAAUAAAACCCCAAAAAAUUAACAUUUUUUUCAGGCGUAGUAGCCCUCCCAUUCAUAAUGGUCGGCUUGGCGGCCAACUUUAUGUCAUUGUUGAUAUUUUCACACAAAAAUAUGCGGACGAACAUGGUGAAUUGGUACCUCAUGAUACUGGCGGCUUCGGACUCUGUGAUAUUGAUAUCGUCGUUUAUUGUGCUGACAUUACCACGCCUGGGAGAGAUUUUACAUUUCUGGAAGUUGACUUGGAUCAGGUAGGGUUUUUGGAAAGAUUUUAUGGGCUUAGGGGGUGUUUUUUGAUUUUUUUUAUCUCAAAGGGUUUCAUUCAAAUUUUUUUCAAAAUUUUUUGAUGCUUAUUGAAUUACAGUACUCAUAUCGUACUUCACAGUAACCCAGAUGUAUAUUUCCACAUCCUUUUUUCAGCUACUAUCUAGUACCGUACUGGUACGCCCCCAUGGGAUCGGCCCAGACGAUAUCCGUAUGGAUGACUGUGGCCAUGUCGCUACAUCGAUUCAUAGGCGUAUGUCUACCAUUCAAAGCCAGCAUAUUACUCAAUAAAAAGCGGGCCAAAGUUGCAAUAGGAUCGGUUAUCGUGUUCGCUAUCAUGUUCAAUAUGACACGGUUUUUUGAGGUAGGAUUUUAUUGUGGUAAAUGUCAUAACAGUUCAUGCUCUUACCACACUAAUAAUACUUUGUUUUACUCUAUCCUACCUUACCCUAUCCUACCCUACCUUACCUACCCUAUCUUACCCUACCAUGCAAUACCGUACCAUACUUUACCCUAUGCUACUUUACCUCCGCUUAUCUCACUUCAUCUUGCCUUAGCAAAUGUGCCAUGUUCGUUAUAUAAGUGAACCUUAUGCUAUGUACAGUAUAAACCAUGCCUAAUAUCCCCCUCUUUCAGGUAGAAAUCGUGUCAUUUUGUCGUCACAUUCCAAUAAACGCCGAACUACCCAUCUUCCACCCAACCCCACUACGACUGUCCAGUUUAUAUCGCCAGCUUUACUACGAAUAUGCGUAUACAUUGGUCAUGUUCCUCAUACCAUUCACCAUACUGAUCAUGGUGAAUUCGAUGGUAAUUCUGGCGAUUCACAAGAGUCGUCAGAUUCAUGCCAAAUUGAACGUAUACGACGACGGAACGAGGAAACAGGAGAUCGCCAAGGAAAUCAGCACCUCCAUCAUGUUGGUGGCUAUUGUCGUGGCAUUCUUGCUUUGUAAUACCUUGGUAAGUUGGGGUAGGGUAGAGUAAAAGAAAAGCAAAGGUAAGGCAAGGUAUGGUCAGAGCAAGGUUAGAGUAGGGAAUGGUAGGAUAGGCUAGUGUAAAGUAGAGUAAAGUAAAUUAUGGUGGAGUAGGGUACAGUAGGGUACUGUAGGGUAGGGUAAAGUAGGGUACUGUACUAUAUCACCUUCUUACUCCUCCACUUUCAGACCUUCGUAGUGAAUAUCCUCGAGAACUGGGGCUACGCCAACUACCUCACAAUGCUCGUGCCGUGGAGUAACUGGCUUGUCAUGACCAACGCCUCCAUCAAUAUUUGCAUUUACUGUAUGUUCAGCGACAAAUACCGUCAGUUGUUCUGGUACUACCUUCGCCUACUGGGAUGUUGUGGUUGUCGGAAUGAUUUCGAGGUCAUUGUCAAUCACACAUGGUCGUGA